CUUCAGGAUCGCCGUACUGUCGUAUUUCUUUCACGCAUGCGUGUGGCGGUUGUGUUGAUAAGCUAGGAGAAGCAUCAUUUUAAAACAUGUCAGAAAAAGGAGAAGUGGAUUUAACUGGUGCCAAGCAGAACACGGGCGUGUGGCUUGUAAAGGUGCCCAAAUACCUCUCUCAACAAUGGGCAAAAGCGACUGGAAGAGGAGAGGUCGGGAAACUCCGAAUCUGCAAGAAGGGAAACCAAGGAAAAGCAGAGGUGUCUUUCACUUUGAACGAAGAGCUGACUGUGAUAGAGGGUAUAGAAGAUAAGACGGUGUCCGCACCUCGCGAGCACCCCUUCACCAUGCAGUCAGUGGGCGGUCAGACGCUGGCGGUCUUCACUGAGAACUCAUCAGGCCAAUCAGAAGAGAGAUCUGAUGGCACCAGCUCAGGGUCUGGGGCGGGGGCAGGUCCAGAUAAAAUAGCCUUGGAGGGAGUGGUAGUACAGAGAGCAGAGUGCAGGCCUGCUGUCAGUGAGAGCUACAUGAGGCUGAAGAGGUUACAAAUUGAAGAGUCCUCCAAGCCAGUCAGGCUCUCACAACAGUUGCAAAGUCCUGUCACUAACAACUACAAACCUGUGGCCAACCAUACGUACAAUCUUGAGUAUGAGAGGAAAAAGAAGGAGGAGGGCAAGAGAGCAAGAGCUGACAAACAGCAGGUGUUGGACAUGUUGUUUUCUGCUUUUGAGAAGCACCAGUACUACAACAUCAAAGACCUGGUGGAUAUCACCAAACAGCCUGUGAUUUAUUUGAAGGAAAUCUUGCGUGAUAUCGGCAUUUACAACGUGAAGGGAACACACAAGAACACCUGGGAGCUCAGGCCAGAAUACCGACAUUACCAGGCCGAGGAAAAGACUGACGAAUAGUUUCUCCUAAGGCGGAUCCACCACCAUUUGUUUUGGCGGUGAAGCCUUCUCAGACCAGGCCUUGGUUGGACCUUGAAGCUCUCUCCUGAAUUCUGUACAUCAGGUCUCAAAACACACAAGUGUAUGUUUAGUUUUACAGGGAGAUGUUGUGUGUUUUUACUUUGUAUGAAGAAGAAGAGGCACUGGGAAACAAAUGGGCUCUUCCUGAUGUGGUUUGUCACAGCUCCCGCACUCCCUCCAAGGAAAACCAGCCUGUAUUUUGAAUUAACUCGGUCAGAGGCAAGGGAGGUAGCACUCUGGUUCUUAGCAUAGAAGUAUGUUUUAAUAUGUUUGACAAGUAUUUCCAGAAGAAAGGGGCUUUAUGUUUAAGUGAUGCACCUAAAGACCACAAAGGAUUUGACACAGGUAAUGGCCCUCACCACUAAUUUGAUAUGUGCAGAGAAAGUUUUUUUUUCUAGAUAUUUUAUAAUCUGACAUCUGAGUCUGUGAUGCUUUUUUUUUUUUAAGAAAACAAAAAAAAACCAUAUCUGCUCAUGUCUCUACUCUUGUCUUGGGAAACAAAUUUAGCCAGAAUUUAUGUUGACAAAACCAUUGCUGUCAUCCUGUCUUUGCAUUUGCCCAUUUUCACUGUAAAUUUUAAUGUCUUAUGUAAUGUUUCAAUAAAAAGAAAAUUGAAUUUUUACUAGAACAGCAUCACAGUACACCUCUGCAGUUGUGUUAAUCACAAUCAAUGAAAACAAUGUACUAACCAACAGCUAUUACAUAUUUUUCCUAAAGUUCAGUUUUUAUUUGAAUGAAAUUCUGAGUUUACAUUGUUCUAA